AGAACGGGGUUUUUACACUGUCAAUAGAGAAUCUAUGUGUGGGAACUUGGGAAGCGUAGAAGAUAGUCCAAAGGCUGUACUAGAAUCUCAAGGGCUUUCAAUUCCUUGGGAGGAUGUUGUAAAAUCAAUCAUCAGCAGAAGCUCAGUUGAAGAAACACAUCAAAAUGAGGAUCACCACAUGAUAGAGUGGUCUGAAUCUUCACCUAAGGCACAGAUGACAGAGGGUAGAAUCAGCUUGGGAUGCGGGGAUACAAGUGGUAAUGCACCUUUCAUUUUCACGGAUAGAGAAUUUGAAGCUUCAAUCCUAAGUUUGAUGAAGCAAACUGGUAUGAUGGAGGAAACAGGAGUAGCACAUCCGCCAAGCAUUAUUAUUGACUCAGGAAGUCAGUGCAUGGAAGAGACUACUGUUUCACUAACUAGUGAGGAUAAUCUUACCACAGGAAAUGCUGAACAUUUGACUUGCGCUGGAAGAGCAAUGCAGGAAAUGAGAUUUGAUCUUGGAGGGACCAGCAAUUUUGGAUCUCCACAUGGCCAAUCCUUGGAUUUGAUUGAUUUGGAUGAUAGAAAGCCUGAGCUUGAGGGGUUCGUUAUGCAAACAGAUGAUGAACCAACAAGCAUUGCUGGAAAGGGAAUUAGCUUUGACGAGUGGAACCUUCCAAGCACUACAAUUGAACAUGCCAGCAUUCUGGAGCAGCUGUGCCAAUCUGCUUGCAUGCAAACUCCAGUAGCGUGCUCUUCAGCUUCAAAUAAGUUGCACAAAAUUCCAUAUCUCUACCAAUCCGUUCCAACUGGGCUUCUAGAGGGUGUGGAUAUGAGGACCAUGAAUGAUGCUGUCAAACAAUUAAAGGAUGGUCAUAGUUACUCGAGUGAGGAAGUUGGCCAGGCGUUUUAUGGAAGGUCCUAUUCUGAUUGCCUCUUAAAUCAUGGUGGUCAAUCUGGUUGGGAUACUAAGAAACCUUAUCUGUCUCCAGUUGGGAAACUCUGGGAUAUAACUGGUUCAAGGACUAGCAGUUCAAGGAAGCGAGGAAGCUUAAAUCUGGAGCUUCCCUGCAUUAGUGAAGAAAAUGAGAAUGCAGAUGAGGCAGCUGAUACUUUCCAAGAUGAAAGUGUUUCAAAUGCAUUAAAUAGGUCAAUACAAAGAGUACCACUUGCUGACAUUACUGAGAUUCCAAACCCUCCAGCAUCAGUUUCUAAAGCUGAACCAUAUGCAGAUAGACUUAGUCUAGAUUCCGUGAACACUGAAUUCAGCUUAACAGGCACUCAUAAGAGCUUCAAACAGAGGCUUGGAAUCCAAAACAGAAGCAAGAGAAGAUAUAACAAUAAGGAGAACCUGAGCAUGUCACAAGGAACAAAUGAUAUUAAGGGGACCACUAGAUCACUUCAUAAAAGGUUCAGUAAACCAAAAUUAUCUGGGAAAACCAGUUUGAGAAAAGGUGGUUCAAGUUUAUCAGAGCAGGAGCCGAAGCAUAACAAUAUUGUGUCCAGCAUGACUUCUUUCAUUCCACUUGUUCAACAGAAACAAGCAGCUGCAGUUGUAACAGGGAAGAGGGACGUCAAAGUGAAGGCCCUGGAGGCAGCUGAAGCUGCAAAGCGUCAGGCAGAAAAGAAAGAGAAUGAACGCAAGAUGAAGAAGGAAGCCUUGAAACUUGAGCGGUCAAGAAUGGAGCAGGAGAAUAUGAAGCAGUUGGAGUUGCAGAAGAAAAGGAAAGAAGAAGUGAGGAAGAAAAAAGAGGCUGAUAUGGCAUCAAAGAAGAGACAAAGGGAAGAGGAAGAAAGGAAGGAGAAGGAAAGAAAAAGAAUGCGUAUUGAAGCACGUAGAAACAAGAGAGAACAUGAAGACAAGUUACCUGCAGAAAAGGAUGGAAGAGGCCCUGGGGGUAAGGAAUCUAAGGAUGAAAUGGCAAAUAAGAAAAUGGAGGAAGAAAGGGGAUAUGACAAUAACAUAAAUAUUUCGGAGACUAAGCCUAGUACUUCCAGGAUUUCAAUAAGCAAUGCCGGAAGAGAAAGUAUUGUCCACGAAGAGUUCCACGAGGCCUCGAGUAAUUAUGGAUAUAAAGCAGAGGUACUGAGCAAUUCAGACAGAGCAAUGAAGAAUUCAGUUGCCAUUACAAGUCAAGAACAGUCUUAUGACAUCUCUCCAUACAAAGAAUCAGAUGAUGAGAAUGACGAUGACGACAGUAUCAUACCAAAUAGUAAAUUUAUUCCUUCGUGGUCAAGUAAAAACUGCCUGGCUUUCGCUGCUUCUUCCCAGAAUAGAGCAGACCCAGAGACAAUCUUCCCCCCGGAAAGCUUUUGCUGCAUAUCUGAAGUCCUCUUGCCCCGAAAGCAUCAAUUAAACAACAGCGGAAUGUGCUAAACUCUAUUCAGUUAUAUUGUUAAAGGAGCAAUUUCCCUUCUGCAAAAUGUAAAAUGCCCUCAGUUACCUCCUAUCAAAACCAAAAUACUUGUAAUAACUGGUUUUCGUUUCUCCUUGCAGAUUUCUAAAGUCCAUUUGUGAACGGUUUCUUGAGCAGGCGACACCCUUUCAACUCGAAAUGUAGCUGAAACGAGUACAACUUUUUUCGAUGUAUAGGAUUCCGUCGUAAUUGUUAUCUCAGAUAAUUUGCAGAUUGAUUGUAGUUAAGAAGAGUAACAAGUUCCAUUGGCAGAUAGGCAAUUACCUGAGCUACUCAGCAAAUAUAGCACAUUUUCUACGUGGGUUACAAAAGCAGCUCACCACAAAUAUAUACAAAUUUAACUACAACGGGAUGGUCCAAUGGUUGGGAACGAGUUUUAGACUCGUAUUCUACACAACACGUCCCGAGUUUGAUUUCUGGCGUUGGUGAAUCACAUGAUGGUGACCAAGGAAGGCUAAAAUGCUUUUGAGUCUUUCCAACCCUCAAAAUGGUGGACUACCAUGGCGAAGCCACUGGCAUUCUAGAAAGUGGUGCCAAAAAGCCAUGCUCUCUUCAACCAUUGUGUUUGUAGAGAAACAUAUGAGUAUAUACACCUACCUCAAGAUGACAGAGGCAUUGAAAGAUGAGUAAGCAUUCCGCCAUAUGGAACCACAGCAGUACAUAUGAGAGAAAAAAAA